AUGCUUAUAGCGCAGUCUCUCUACGAACCAGGAUUCACGCAACUGAGGACUGUUGAACAACUUGGGUACAUAGUUUCGAUCGACCCAAGGUUCAAUGCAGGGACAAUAGCUCUAGAGUUCGUUAUUCAAGGUCCUGGAAGCGCCGAUCACGCUCUUGGGAGGAUAGAGGCGUUCCUCGAGAAAAUAGGGGUGAGUGUUACUAUCAUCGAUAGUUUUUAUUGUUGA